AAGGAAACACGUCGACGGUUGGGUUCCCUGUUUGCAGAACGUGUGGAAGAUUGAAGACCAACGAUGUUGGGGUAAAUUUGCAAAACUGAGAGUCUCAAAUUAUUGGAGUCAAUACUGGAGUGGUUAGCUCGCGUUUUCUGCGUCGUCCAUGGCGUUUUCUGCAACAUUCUUCACAUCUUCAUCACCUUCCCUUACACUUUCUCGCAAAACCCAUAGACCCUUUUGCACUCGAACUUCUCAUUUUCUUAAACCCCUUUCAGUCAGGGCCUCAACUACUCUGGAUUACUCCAAGGUCUCGGUGGACGAUAAGACACCGAACCCAUCAAAGACCAGUAACUGGCAAUGGAAAUAUAAGGACAAUUAUGUUAACAUCUAUUAUGAGGAGCAUGAAAGGGAGAGCUCUGAUCCUCCUAAAAAUAUCCUAAUGAUGCCGACCAUUUCUGAUGUUAGUACUGUUGAAGAAUGGAGAUUAGUGGCAAGAGACAUUGUUCAACAAGUUGGUGAAGUCAAUUGGCGAGCCACUAUUGUAGAUUGGCCUGGUCUGGGUUACUCUGAUAGGCCGAAGAUAGAUUACAAUGCUGAUGUCCUGGAAACAUUCCUUGUUGACUUCAUCAAUGCUCCCAAUAGCCCAAUAAGUGGCUCAGGGAAUAAUUUGGUGGUCUUUGGAGGAGGGCAUGCAGCAACAAUUGCAGUUCGUGCUGUGAAAAAGGGUUUGGUGAAACCAACGGCCAUAGCUGCUGUUGCGCCUACAUGGGCUGGUCCCCUUCCUAUUGUGUUUGGUCGAGAUUCUAGUAUGGAAACACGGUACGGAUUGCUUCGAGGCACCUUAAGGACCCCUGCAGUGGGAUGGAUGAUGUAUAACAUGCUUGUCAGUAAUGAAAAGGCAAUUGAAUCCCAGUACAAAUCCCAUGUCUAUGCCAAUUCUGACAAUGUUACUCCAGAAAUUGUCGAAAGCAGAUAUGCACUAACAAAAAAGAAGGGUGCUCGAUAUUUGCCUGCCGCUUUCUUAACCGGUCUACUUGACCCUGUUCAAUCUCGGGAAGAGUUUCUUGAACUAUUUGCAAGUUUGGAGGGGAAGAAACCUGUGCUGGUUGUGUCAAGCGAAGGAUCUCCAAAGAGGUCAAAAGCAGAGAUGGAAGCUCUCAGGGGAGCAAAAGGAGUGAGCAAGUUUGUAGAGGUUCCAGGAGCUCUUCUUCCGCAGGAGGAGUAUCCAGCGAAGGUUGCUGAGGAGCUUUACCGAUUUUUGCAAGAAAACUUUCAAUCCGAGGUUUAAGACUGGUGAAAAACUUGUACAAGAAUUUGCAUAUAAGUGAACAUUGUGGUACAAUAGAUCAUUAAGCUCUGCAUUUGUGUUGGUUCUCAUAUGAUGUAAUGAAUAGUUUGAGAUCUCUGCAAGUAAGAAUGACUUGUUUUGGGUGGAAAUUGUAUUUGGGUCUUCCCCAGGAACUCGCAGUCAGCAGCAAACACAACUGUGCCACUCGGCCAAUCAUUUUUAUAACCGAGGCCAAGGUUUCAAAAGCUUGGAAUAAAACAACGAUUGUAGCCCACUUCAACUCUCAGUCUCUCCAGUCCUCCUUUUUCUUGGACCGCUUGCUUAGAAAUAAAAGAGACUCGGUUAAUGUUA